CUGUCAGAGCUCCAGUCCAGCUCUGCAGUGUGUGAGCAGAUGAGCCAGCAGAGACUCUGCCAGCAGUCCAUGAUUGUAGAUGCUUCACCCCUGUGUUCCAAUGAUCAGGACCUGGAAGCAGAAAACAGAGUCCAAAAGCAGCUGAAAUCCAGUCUGAAGAAGAGGUUUGAGUGCAUAUUUGAAGGGGUUGCAACAUCAGGGUGGCAUACCUUCCUCAACAAUAUUUACACAGAGCUCUACAUCAUAGAGGGGGACAGUGAGGGAAUCAAUAAUGAACACGAAGUGUGGCAGAUUGAGACAGCAUCCAGGAAACAGACCACAAAAUACACUGCAAUCAACUGCAAUGACAUCUUUAAACCCUUACCUGGACAAGAGAAACCCAUCAGAACUGUGCUGACGAAGGGGAUCGCUGGCAUUGGAAAAACAGUCUCUGUGCAGAAGUUCAUUCUGGACUGGGCAGAAGGAAAAGCCAAUCAGGAUGUUCGACUCAUGUUUGUUCUUCCUUUUCGGGAGCUGAACUUGAUUAAAGAUGAACAGUACAGUCUGCUUGGGCUUCUGCAGGUCUUCCACCCUGAAACAAGAGGGAUUGAAAACAUUCAGUCUGAAGUUGACAAAGUUUUGUUCAUCUUUGAUGGUCUGGAUGAAAUCAGAUUUCCCUUUAAUUUCCAACACACCAAUGUAUUGUCUGAUGUAACAGAGACAUCCUCAGUGGAUGUGCUGCUGACAAACCUCAUUAAGGGAAAUCUGCUUCCCUCUGCUCUCCUCUGGAUCACCUCCCGGCCGGCAGCAGCCAAUCAGAUCCCUUCUGAAUACGUCCACCGUGUGACAGAGAUACAAGGUUUCAAUGACUCACAGAAGGAGGAGUACUUCAGGAAGAGAUUCAAUGAUGAGAACCAGGCCAGCAGAAUUAUCUCUCACAUGAAAUCAUGCAGGAGUCUCUACAUCCUGUGUCACAUACCAGUCUUCUGUUUGAUUUCUUCAACUGUUCUGGAGCGACUGUUUGGUGAAGCUGACUGUGGAGAAAUCCCUAAAACUCUGACUGGAAUGUACACCCACUUCCUGCUCAUUCAGUCCAACAUCAAGAAUCAGAAAUAUCAGGGAAGAAAUGAGACAGAUCCACAAAAGCUUCUGGGGCUGGAUAAAGACAUGAUUCUGAAACUGGGGCAGCUGGCUAUCCAACACCUGGAAAAUGGCAAUCUCACAUUCUAUGAAGAGGACCUGAGAAAGUGUGGCAUUGAUGUCACUGAGGCGUCAGUGUACUCUGGGGUGUGCACAGAAAUCUUUAAAGAGCAGUCUGUGCUGUAUCAGAAGAAAGUGUACUGCUUUGUGCAUCUGAGCAUCCAGGAGUAUCUGGCUGCUUUGUCUGUGUUUCACUCAUAUGCAAGCAAGAAUGUAAAGGCAUUGAAGUCCAUUUUUGGUCAAAAAUCUGAAGUCACUCAAUUGUAUCACUUGCACAAGAGAGCUGUUCAGCAGGCCUUGGAGAGUAAGAAUGGGCACCUGGACCUUUUCCUACGAUUCCUUCUUGGCCUCUCACUGGAUUCCAAUCAGAACCUUCUCAAAGGCUUUCUGACACAGACAGGAAGUAACUCAGGCAGCAUCAAGAAGACAGUCAAGUACAUAAAGAGUUUGGAGAGAGAUGAUGCUUCCCCAGAGAGGUUCAUCAAUCUGCUCCACUGUCUGGCUGAACUGAACGAUCAUUCACUCAUGAAGGAGGUUCAAAAGUUCCUGAGCUCAGGAAGUCGUUCUGGUGAAAGGAUCUCACCUGUGCACUGUUCUGCCCUGGCCUAUAUGCUCCUGAUGUCAGAGAAGGUGCUGGAUGAGCUUGACCUAAGGAAAUACAACACCUCAGAUGAGGGGCACAGGAGACUGGUUCCAGCUGUGAGGUGCUGCAGAAAGGCUCUAUUGGGUUGCUGUAAUCUCACAGAGGGCUGCUGUGAUGAUCUGGCCUCAAUCCUGCGCUCACACCACUCAGAGCUGAGAGAGCUGGAGCUGAGAGACAAUGAUCUGCAGGAUUCAGGAGUGAGAGCGCUCUCUGCUGGACUGGAGGAUCCACACUGUAAACUACAGAGACUGGGGCUGUCAGGCUGUCUAGUCACAGAGAGAGGCUGUGCUUCUCUGGCUUCAGCUCUGCGUUCAAACCCCUCACACCUGAGAGAGCUGGAUCUGAGCUACAACCACCCAGGAGACUCAGGAGUGAGAGCGCUCUCUGCUGGAGUGGAGGACCCCAGCUUUAAACUGGAGACACUGCUUGUGGACCAUGGAGGAGAGAUUAGGCUUAAUGCAGGACUGAGGAAAUAUGCCUGCCAGCUGACACUGGACCCCAACACAGCACACAGAGAGCUGUCUCUAUCUGAGGGGGACAGGAAGGUGACACACACACACACAGAGCUAGAGCAGCCAUAUCCUGCUCACCCAGAGAGAUUUGACUCCGUGCCGCAGGUGCUGUGCAGAGAGGGUCUGUCUGGGACUCGCUGUUACUGGGAGGCUGAGUGGAGUGGGGGGGCUGAUAUUGCAGUGGCGUAUAAAGGAAUCAGCAGGAAAGGAGGAGGGGGUUCUGACAGUGAGUUUGGAUACAAUGACCAGUCCUGGAGUCUGUACUGCUGUGAUGUCGGGUUCUCUGCACGGCACAAUAAUAACAUCACUUCCAUACCCGCCCCCUCCUCCCGCUCCUCCCCCUCCUCCUCCUCCUCCUCCUCCCUCUCCACCCCCCCCUCCUCCCGCAGAGUAGGAGUGUAUCUGGACUGGCCGGCCAGCACUCUGUCCUUCUACAGCGUCUCCUCUGACACUCUGACCCUCCUGCACACUUUCCACACCACAUUCACUCAACCCGUCUGUCCUGGGUUUGGGGUUUGGUAUGGCUCCUCAGUGUCCCUGUGCAUGCUGGGAUAGACCCCUGUAUCCUGGAGGAGUGGAUGGGAUGUUAUUCGCUGUUGUCAUGACUGCAUAAAUCUCCACAUUAAUACUGACAGUGUACAAACACUGAAUAUGAUUUACUUACUAUGAUUUAUUCCAAUAUUGUAAAGGAGUGAUUUAUUUUAUUAA